UUAUAACUAUACUAUUUAAAUUCAUUAAUUUAGAGAAAGACAUCUACUCUAGUUUUGAUUCGUUGCAUUGCCAUCGGUCUCUAUACUACGUACGUGAAGAAAAGGAUUAAAUUUGCACGUAAAAUUGUUUGUUUGCUUGCAUGAGAGUAUAUAUAGAUUGAGAAUACUGGUGGCAUCAUUGUGAACUCAAAAAGCUUCAGCCAUAAAUGACAAAAAGUUUCAUCCGGGCAGAUUCUCGGGGUAUUUUGGCGCUUGUAAUUGCUGGUUCUUGCUCUUUGCCAUCACCAGAAUUUGACACAAUCCCCGAGGAGUUUGUUAUUUCUGUCACCAAGUUCCGCAAAAGAUGGAGCACGGAAUUACCAAUUCAGCCGACUCCGUUAAUGUCGAAGUAAUCGAGCAGGCGAGAGAAGGAAAUGGUAACAACAUAGAAGAGUCACCCACAAAUGUUAAGAAGAGUUACAAAGGAGGGUGGAAAACUGCAAUUAUCUUGUUAGGGAAUCAAGCACUGGCCACACUAGCUUUCUUUGGAGUUGGAGUGAACUUGGUUCUGUUUCUGACCAGAGUCCUUGGUCAAGACAGUGCCGAGGCUGCCAACAAUGUGAGCAAGUGGACAGGGACUGUUUACAUAUUUUCACUGAUUGGAGCCUUUCUCAGUGACUCAUAUUGGGGUCGAUUUUUAACCUGUUCGAUCUUUCAGCUCUUUUUUGUUGUGGGCUUGGGGCUGCUCUCAUUUACAUCGUGGAGGUUUUUGCUGAAACCAUCUGGUUGUGGCAAUGAAGAAACAAAAUGCAAUGAACCAUCAUCUGUUGGUGUUGGCAUUUUCUACUUGUCCAUAUAUCUAGUGGCAUUUGGAUAUGGAGGGCACCAACCCACCUUAGCAACCUUUGGUGCAGACCAAUUUGAUGAGAAAAAUGAAAAACAUAGGAACGCAAGAGAAGCUUUCUUUUGUUAUUUUUACUUUGCCCUCAAUGUAGGAUCUCUUUUCUCCAACACUAUAUUAGUAUACUACGAGGAUUCAGGGAUGUGGACCAUGGGUUUUUUGGUGUCACUAGCCUCAGCUGUUAUUGCAUUAGUUUCAUUCUUAGCUCCUUACCAAAAAUAUAGAUAUGUAAGUGCAUAUGGGAAUCCGGUGAUAAGGGUAACUCAGGUGUUUGUGGCUGCUUUUAGAAAGUGGAAGGUUGAUUCAGCGAAGGAAGACCAACUUUACGAGGUUGAUGGUCCGGAAUCUGCCAUAAAAGGGAGUAGAAAGAUUCUGCAUAGCGAGGAUUUUAGAUUCAUGGACAAGGCAGCAACAAUAACGGAGAAAGAUGCAGCUAAUCGUAACAAUCAUUGGAGGCUUUGUACCAUAACUCAAGUUGAGGAAGCCAAAUGCGUAUUGAGAAUGCUACCAGUUUGGCUAUGUACUAUAAUUUACUCGGUUGUGUUCACACAAAUGGCCUCUCUUUUUGUGGAGCAAGGAGAUGUGAUGAACAACAAGAUAGGAAACUUUCGGUUGCCAGCAGCCAGCAUGUCAGUGUUUGAUAUCUGCAGUGUCCUUUUAUGCACUGGAAUUUAUCGCCAAAUCCUUGUUCCUCUGGCAGGAAGAAUUACUGGCAACCCUAGGGGACUAACUGAGCUUCAAAGGAUGGGAGUUGGCCUAAUUAUUGGAAUGUUAUCUAUGAUUGCAGCUGGUGCCACAGAGAUUCAAAGGCUUAAACAAGUUACACCGGGGCAAAAGGCUAGUUCUUUGAGUAUAUUUUGGCAAGUUCCACAGUAUGUUCUAGUUGGUGCUUCAGAAGUUUUCAUGUAUGUGGGUCAAUUGGAGUUCUUUAACGGGCAAGCCCCAGAUGGCAUAAAAAGCUUUGGGAGCUCACUUUGCAUGGCUUCAAUUUCCCUGGGAAACUAUGUGAGUAGCAUGCUGGUGUUCAUGGUGAUGGGAAUCACUGCGAGAGGUGAGAAUCCAGGAUGGAUUCCCAAUAACUUGAAUGUGGGGCAUAUGGAUAGGUUUUUCUUCCUUGUUGCGGUGUUAACUGCUGUUGAUUUUGUGCUCUACAUAAUGUGUGCUUGCUGGUACAAAGGUAUCAACAACGUCGAAGUUGAUGACAUGGGAAACCAACAAGAGGACACUGAAAUGAUCAGUAAAGUUUGAUUUAGUAGCUUUGAAUUUUUAUUUUUUUGCUAGGCUAGGCUACGCAUUUUGUUUAUCUUGGUAAUUUUCAUAAGGCCAUUCAAGGAUGAUCCCUUUAAGUGACACAAAGCCUGAGCAGCUCAAUGUGAGAUAGAAUUGACAAAAUAUUGGUGGGAUGAUUGCUUUCUUAAUAACUCGACAGCUUUGUUUUGGACAUUAGAGUCAGAUGUCUAAUUUGGCAUUUGGAGUUAUGCUAUUCUAUGAAUCACUGUAAAUGCUUUACUGAAAGAUAAA